AGUUGUGCGUAAAUUUCGAGCAGCUGGGUGCGAAAGUCGAGCAGCCGGGAGCCAAAUCCAAACACAAAACUCGAAGGACUUUCGUUUAUUUGUUCCCCGUAUUUGUGCAGUUUUGUGAUUGUUUCGGGGAUUUUACUAAACGUACGAACAAAUCCUAGCGAAUCCUCUUUGUUGGGAAAACAAACACUCGAUGGUGCCAGUACCGCCAAUUUAGCUGCUGCCCAGAAAAGCGAUGUAGGCCAAAACGGCCAGGAAGGACACCGUAUAAAAAUGAAUGGUUCCUCCACGAUGACGACAGCGAUAGGCGGUGGUUCGGGAACGCCCGGGUCGGGGGGCACGGGCACCGUCGAAACGGUGACGAUCAUCAGCGACGAAUCGGAUUGCGAGUUGAACACACCGGACGUGAGCGCGAAACGGCGCGCCUUCUCUGAAUCGGAUGAAGGCCGUCGCACGAGCCGGCGCAAGAAGACGAAGGUGGAGUACGGGGACAACGGGGCGAAAACGGCGGCACGCCCGGAUAGUGUCUGUGAAGGGGCCGAUGGCCAAACAACCGCAACCCCGGGGGCAUCAUCGGCAGAGCGUAAGGGAACACCACCGAAAUCACAACAGCAGGACGCGUCCACGCCCCAGCCCAAAAUGAAGCGUCGUGAAGCGUCCGACGAUAAACCCUCGGGGACCGGCGGAGGAAGUGGGGCAGCUGGAACCGACAACGAUCCGAACCGGUACAAGGAGCUGAUGACGGGACUGGAAGGUGCCGCCUUUCAAUCGCGGCUACCCGUGGACAAAAUGACACCCUCGGAAGCGGUCUGCUUCCCGGAGAUUAUGCAGCACGGGCUUGUGACGGUGCGCGUGUUCCUGAACGUGCGCAACCGCAUCCUGCAGAUGUGGAUCGAGGACCCAACGGUACAGCUGACGAUCGAGAACACAAUGACCAAGAUGGAACCACCGUUCGACAGUGAUCCGGCCCUCGUACGCAAGGUGCACGCCUUCCUCGAACGCCAUGGGUUCAUCAAUUUUGGUAUCUUCAAGCGAUUGAAGCCGCUGCCGACGAAAAAGUUCGCAAAGGUGAUCGUGAUCGGUGCUGGCAUCUCGGGACUUUCGGCCGCCCAACAGCUACAGCAGCUGGGCUUCGAUGUGAUCGUACUGGAGGCGCGGGAUCGUGUCGGAGGACGUAUAGCAACGUUUCGCAAGAACGCUUAUACGGCCGAUCUGGGUGCAAUGGUGGUGACCGGUAUCUGGGGUAAUCCGAUCACGAUUCUCAGCAAGCAGACGGGCAUGGAGAUGUGCCCGAUCAAACCAACCUGCCCACUGUACGGAGCCGGCGGGAAGCCCGUUCCGAAGCACAAAGACGAUAUGGUAGAGCGGGAGUUCAAUCGAUUGCUCGAAGCGACCAGUUACCUUUCGCACCAGGUAGACAUUAACUACGCCGGCAAUCAUCCGGUUUCACUCGGCCAGGCUCUCGAGUGGGUUAUUAAGCUGCAGGAGAAACACGUGAAGGAGCAACAGGUGAAGCACUUGGGCAGCAUUAUCGCUGAGCAGCGCAAGCUGAUCGAGAAUGAAAAGCGGCUGAAGGAAACGUUUGCCCGGAUACAGGAACUGAAAGCGAAAACACGGGAACUGAUCGACACGAAGCCACCCAAGGUGACUCCUGCCACGUUGAAUGAAGUGACGGCGGGCGGGGCGAUCGAUGCGGCCGCGGGAAAGUAUUUUGAGCACGAAUUCCAACUACGAGUGACGGCACGGGAGGAGCAGCUCGCCUGGAAAGAGGUGGAACGGUUGCAGGCCAAUCAGGCGGAGAUUGAAGCAAAAAUUAAGGAACUCGAAAGUGAGCAGGUCUCUGAGGUGUACCUGUCGUCCAAGGAUCGGCAGAUUCUCGAUUGGCACUUUGCCAACCUGGAGUUCGCGAACGCGACACCCUUGAGCAAUCUGUCGCUGAAGCACUGGGACCAGGACGAUGAUUUCGAGUUCAUCGGAAGCCAUACGACGGUGAAGAACGGAUACUCGUGCGUACCGCUCGCGUUGACUGAGAAUUUGGAUGUGCGGGUUAAUACGGCCGUUACCUGCAUCCGCUACCGACCGGGUGGUGUCGAGGUGACGGCUGAUCUCAAAUCCAACAAUUCAUCCGUGUGCUACAAGGCUGAUCUCGUGCUCUGUACGCUUACGCUCGGUGUACUGAAGGUGGCCAUUGCCGAGGAAUCGCGACAACUCAAUACGGUCCGGUUCGAUCCACCACUGCCGGAGUGGAAACAGUCGGCCAUCCGACGGCUGGGGUUCGGCAAUCUCAACAAGGUGGUACUAUGCUUCGAGCGGAUCUUCUGGGACGCCAACACGAAUCUCUUCGGGCACGUCGGCAGUACGACCGCUAGCCGCGGGGAACUCUUUCUCUUCUGGAACAUCUCGCAGUCGCCCGUGCUGCUUGCUCUAGUCGCUGGCCAAUCGGCGGCCAUCAUGGAGAACGUGUCGGAUGACGUGAUCGUCGGACGUUGCAUCGCGGUACUAAAGGGUAUCUUCGGGAAUUCAGCCGUACCGCAACCGAAGGAAACGGUCGUCACACGCUGGCGUGCCGAUCCGUGGGCACGCGGUUCGUACAGUUUCGUAUCGGUCGGUUCUUCGGGCAGUGAUUAUGAUCUCCUGGCGGCACCCGUCACUCCGACACCAGCACCACCACCACCAAUGCCAUCUACCAGCACUGCCACCACAAGCAACGCAGCGGCGAGUAGUAGCAGUAGUAGCAGUGGCGCUAGCACCAGUAGUAGUAACCAACAGCAACACCAUGACAACAGCAGCAAUGGCCGACGCCGUACGACUGGUGAGGGUGAAAACAAAGCUGGCAACGAUGAUGGCGAGGAGGAUAUCGACAUUAACCAGCCGGUUGAGAUUCCGCGGUUGUUCUUCGCUGGCGAGCACACCAUCCGCAACUAUCCCGCCACCGUUCAUGGGGCACUGUUGAGCGGUUUACGAGAGGCGGGCCGUAUCGCUGAUUACUAUCUCGGGUUUCCCAGUGCGUACCCCGACUCACCGAAGGAUGAUACAAAGAAAUAAUGCCUUUUGUGAGGAGCGCCCAGAAGUCGGCUACUGAACGCACAACCAACACUUAGCAUGAGCAGGAGCCUCUUACUCUGCUCCUUUUCAAUCUCUACUCCAGUUUUUGUCCAUUAAACUACACUACACUUUGACACUCACACACACACAUACACUUCUUUGAUGUUUCUGCACUACCAAUCAAAAGAGCAGCACACUACACUCAUCCACUCACACACACACACACAAUACACACUAUGAAAUCGAUGAAAGAAGUAGUAUAUGCCAUUAAGGAUGUGCUUUUAGUGGAAGCAGAGUCAUACGUUUAUGAGUAUCCAUGUUUCCACCAUCGUUUGCCAUAUUCGAUGCUGUAGAUAUCUGAAAACGAACAAAUAAAUCAACUAGGCUAACUAGAUGUAUUAGCACACACCUAUAGACAUCACUUCAACUCAAUUCAAG